AUGGUAGAUGAGAUUGUGCCGGAGUCUGUCACUCAGCAUAUCUCGUCAGUAACGGCAGCCGAUGAUCAUUCUUGUCUCGAUGACCUGUUGUUGAGCGAACCGUUAUCGUUGGAGAGGAGAUUGCAUCCCACUACCUCUGUGGUUGCCUCUGAGUCCACCUCUGAUGGCGCAACCCUCGCCUACACUAUCAACGUAUCGCCAACGAUGCAGCAUAUCCCAAUAAUUCUGGAUUCGACCCUGAGAUCAGAUACCGACGAUUUUCAGCUACUGUUUCAGCACUUCGUCUUGCAGUCGAUGCCAUCUAUGGCGCCUGAUGACAUUGACUUGGACCUCUUCCUCAAGUACACGAUGCCUUUGGUCCUCGGCGACGAUCUGGUCAUGCGCGCAGCCCUCGCGCUUAGCAGCGCAAAGUAUAUGAUGCGAGAUCCAACGAGUAAAGCGCUACAUCUGUCUAGGCUAUGCCAUUCCCAGGUUAUGGAUGCUAUCAGAAUACGGAUCAUUACUUGCAAAGCUGGGCUGGACGAGCGACCUGUGUUCCUAUGUGCAGCUGCUAUACUUAUGGCUGUGCUAGAGUUAACGCUUGGCAGCACACAAAGUCACCAUAUAGACUUUGCCACCCAUCUUAUACUCAACGUCCUUCCCUCGUCCGUUCGACAGAUUGAUCGAACUCUGCAUAGAUUCCUGCUUAGGGCGUGCAUCUACAUACGAGCUGAGACAUGGGGGUGCGAGGGUCCCACAGGUUUGCCCUCGGACGUAGAGAAGCAGGUUGCGAAUAUGUUCCAACUCGCGGCCAAGCUUGAGGAUCUGGACAACGAGGGAGGAAUAAGAAGUCAGAUCGGCUUGCUCCAAACAGCCUUCGUCACAGGCCUGUUAGUUGUGCCGAAGCUCGCACGCCUUUCAGCAUCAAGGGGGUGCAUCGAAGACGACGUUGAACGCGCUAUACAAUUGGCAGCACUCGAGUCGCAGAUCAUGUCGUGGCAACCUCCUCCUGGUUCUGAAGCAAGUGAUAACGUCCGGAGAGUCUGGGGUCUAUGGCGGACAGGUCUUCUGCGGAACGACUCGGAACAGGGCAGCCAAAUUUUCGAAAUAGCUUAG